AUGCCGGCGAUGGAUGCGUGCGCGCUCUACGCCAGGCGCCUGGCGCGCGACAGCGACGUCUUCAUGUACAAAGGGGACACACCAUUCUGCAGCAAGGAGUGCCGGCACGAGCAUAUGCAUCUUGAUGCUGUCUCCGCCAGGCAGGCAGCCCGGAGGCUGCAGAGGGUCUCGGCGGGAGCAGAGUCCGGGCGUGCACACCACGGGGUGUCCGUCUCAAGCUAA